GAGGUGCUGGGGCUCAGCCGGCCUCAGCCAUGUCUCAGAGGCACCCCUGGGAUCCCCACUGAGCUGGUCCACUUCACACAGCCGGGGCCCAGCCCUCCAGCCCCCUCCGUGUCCAGCAGGUGGCCCCCUGGCGUCUCCACAGGACGCCAAGAUGGAGACUCCCCCGGGGGCCCAGUGCCAUUUCUCAAAGGGCCUCCUGCUCUCAGCCUCAAUCCUGGCCCUCUGGGUCCCCCAAGGCUCCUGGGCAGCCCUCCGCAUCCAGAAGAUUCCAGAGCACCCUCAAAAGAACCAGGACCUUCUCCUGUCUGUCCAGGGCGUCCCUGAUACCUUCGAGGACUUCACCUGGUACCUGGGGGUGGAGGCCGAUGGAAGCACGAGACUGUUCACCUACUUCCCAGAGCUACAGCGGCCCCAGAGGGACGGCAGCGCCAUGGGGCAGCGAGACAUUGUUGGCUUCUCCAACGGCUCCAUGCUGCUGCGUCACGCCCAGCCCGCCGACAGCGGGACCUACCAGGUGGCUGUCACCAUCAACCACGCCUGGACCAUGCGGGCCAAGACUGAGGUCCAGGUGGCCGAAAAGCACCAGGAUCUGCCCAUUACACAGCUGCCUGUGAGCGCUGGCAUGGUGGCCGCCAUCAUCAUUGGAUCCCUUGCCACUGGGUCCCUCUUCAUCGGCAUCAUCGCCUAUCUCCUGGUGACAAGAGGCUGGAGGGGCCAGAACCACAGAGCAUCUGCUCCAGGAGCCCAGGGGUCCUUGUCGGUCUUGUUCCCAGCUGUGCCCCCAGUGCCUUCAACAGUGCUCAGCCCAUGGACGAUGACCACAGGGAAACGGGAGCUGGGCCCCAGUCGUCACCCUGGUGAUGACAACAUCUAUGAAGUGAUGCCAUCUCCAGUCCGCCUGGUGUCCCCCCUCAGUGACACGGCAUCCAGGAAUGCCGCCAUGCCCCCACCCCUGCCUCCACCCCUGCCACCUGAUCCAGAGAACCACCACUACCAGGAGCUGCUGAACCCCGACCCUGCCCCUUAUUGCCAGCUGGUGCCAACCCCCUGAAGGGGUCCCGGGCCAGGCAAAGCCUCAGCCGUCCCCCCGGGGCCUCGCGCCUGCAGAAAAGUGGCCCCGGAGACCCAGUAGGACCAGGCUGUCAGGGCUGGGGGCAUGACAAGGCGAACUCGGCCAAAGACUCCACGUGGCAUUGGGCACGUGUCCUGGGUGGGGGACAGGAGACCGUGAUGGGCCCUGCUCCGGGCCCAGCUCCUCGCUCACCCUCUGAGUGUAUGACCCGCCCUUUAUUCUGGUCCUGCCAGCAGCCUGGCCUGGGCUGCGUGCCUG